AACCUAUAUAAGCAUCUCCAUUCCGAGUUUUAUUAAAAGUACUACGAGUAAUAAUUAUUAUUUUACACCAAAUAAGCUUUAAAAUAAUAAAGCAAGUUGCUGAAAUUUGGCCUCAAAUACGUUCCUUAAUAACAUGCGCAAACGCGGUGUUGCGUAGCAUACAACGAGCAUUCAGAGCUAUUUGGUGAGUUUCCGUUUGCCUGGGCACUCACACCGUGAGCUUUCGCUCAAUCCUAUAAAACUCGCUGCGUACGCAAAACUUUCCGAGCAUUCCGACAGGAACUCACUGCACUAACACGCUUUCGUUCGUCGACACCAGUUUAGGUGGUACAAAAAGUGAUGAUAAUGAAAUAAUGUUACAAAUAUAUUGGUCGUUCUUCAAUUAUUUAAUAAAAUAGAAGUUAUGCGAUUUUUUGCUGAGGUAUUCGUCCUGACCAUUGUACAUGAUGUACACAAUUUCAUGUGAACACCGUUUUGUACGCAAAAUGCAUAAAACAUGUAAACGCUAUUCAAACGCAAUCACAACGCACCAAACAGACACGAGGGUACGAACCCUUCAUUUCAAUUAAACGAUUCAAACACUUGCAUAGACUAGUACCGGUGUCAUCUUAUCACUUUCAAUACGUCAAGAAGUGUUUUCGUUUGCAAACGAGUGAAAUCAACGGUUAAAAUAAUUAAAAUACUUCUCUUUAACCACAGACAAACCUUUCACCGUACGGAAUUUACCCGAAACUUCAAAUUGCCAUCCACAAGCCAUGCAACGCAUUCAAAAUCCAGCUAAGGUCGCCCUUCGGCAGCGUAUCAAGCAGAAGCUGCAGACCCUUACACCCGACGAACGUCAGCGACAAUCGGGCAUCAUCAUCGACAAGGUUAUGGCGCUUCCGUUCUACGAGCGCUGUCAAAGGAUUAGUGUCUAUCUCAGUACCGACACCGAAGUCAACACAAGGCCCCUGCUGGAGCGGAUGUUUCAACAACGGAAACAGGUUUUUGUGCCAACGUACAACAGGAGUGCAAUGAAAAUGGUUCGAAUCAAUGAUAUGGAGGAUUACGACCGGCUACCGAUGACCACGUGGAAUAUCAAGCAGCCCGCAUUCGACGACGCAACACGCGAGGAUGGUCUCUCAACAGGUUUGGAUCUAAUCAUCCUGCCCGGUGUGGCUUUUACCAAAGCAGGUGGGCGCCUCGGUCACGGUGGUGGGUAUUAUGAUCGAUUUUUGAAGGAGUACUUUGGCAAACACCCUAACGCACCGCAGCACACCACCCAUCUGGUGGGGAUUGGAUUUUGCGAACAAAUUGUGUCCGCUGACGGGCUGCCGUCCGACGCGCACGACGUAUCGAUUGAUUGUAUUCUAACUGCGGAUUGAAUAAUGUAGCCGUUUUCAGUGGUUUAAUGUACGUUUACUUUUACCUUGCCUGUUGCAUACUCAACAAUUUUAAUUAAUUAUUGCUAGGUUUUACAGGCCUUUUUGUGUUAUGUUUUUUUUGGUCGUUCAAGAAACAUACAAACAUUCAAUUCACUACAAUCUAAAGCUGGGUUUACGUUGUUCAGACUUCAAACAUCCUUUUACGGGUUUACAAUCAUUUUUUAGAAAAUUUGCAAUUUAUUAAAUUUUCCCCCGUAUUUACCGUACUUACCGUGUCUACUGUUGAGCAACACAAUAAUUAAAUAAAUCGUUCGGACACCAAAUAAGCUUAUCGGUCUUUUUAAUUUUAUUGCUCUUUCCGUAUUCGUUCAUUUCGUCCUGCGCAAGACAUUUGCCUAUUUACAAUACAUUUUAAACGUAUGCGUAACCUUCCCUAACCAGGAUAACGCCAUGCAUAACGCUUG